AUGACUGACCUGCCCCCAGUACCCACAGCCGCGCUGCCUCCGUUGUCUGUGCUGCCCUUUCCCCCUUCCCCACCAGCACCCCAAUUCCCCGCGGGCCCAGAGUCCUGGCUGCGCAGACCCCUCUUCAGUCUGGAGUUGUCUGACGUGGAGGACGUCUUCCUGCGCCGCGCUGGGCCGCUCGAGGUACCAGCAGACAGCCGCGUAUUCGUCCAGGCGGCCCUGGCCCGUCACUCUCCGCGCUGGGGCCUGGCCUUGCACCGCUGCUCGGUGACGCCGUCUUCACGCCCAGCUCCGGGCCCUGCUCUAGCGCUACUAAGUGGUGGCUGCCCCGCUGAUGCCUCUGUCGCGGUACCUCCAACGAUGUUCCACCAAGGUGCCACGCGCCCCGUGCGCUUCAGCUUCCGCCUGCGCCCAGUCUUCAACGCCUCGGUGCAGUUCCUGCACUGCCAACUGAGCCGCUGCCGCCGCCUCCCGGGAGUCCGCCGAGCACCUGCUCCUCUGACACCGCCGCCACCAUCGCGGUGUCUACCUCAGGAUGAGGCAUGCGCGGAAGCCAUCAGUGGCAGCAGCGAGAGCCUGGGCGCUGACAACCCCCACCUGCAUACGCUGACGCAGCCCAUCGUGGUCACAGUGCCGCGGCCUCCCCCCAGGCCCCCCAAGGUCGUCCCGGGCCGCGCGUUACCACCGGACCCUCCAGUGCCGGGCCCUGUGGCCCUGGAGCCCGCGCCGGUGGUGGCGCUGGUGUUGGCAGCCUUCGUGCUGGGCGCUGCCCUGGCCGCCGGGCUCGGCCUCGUCUGCACGCACUCAGCGCCUCCGCUCCCUGGGCCGCCCCCUAGAGCCUCGCCCAGCAGCGACCAGCCCAGGAGGCCUCAAUGA